UUUUAGUGAACUGGGUGUAAAGUGACUUUCGCCGUAACACAUACAGGAUGACAAACACGCGUAAUAUCAAGUUCUGGUUCUGCAUGGUUUGCAUGGCCACCUCAAUGGCAGCACCAGCCCCAAUAAAGCUGGACAUCAUUGACAUGGCUGCCAUUAGUCGAAUGACACCCCAACAGCUGGAACUUCUUGCUGAGGGAUUAGCAGCAGAGGAAAUAAUGAGAACCAAACGAUCUUCAGCUCAAGCACUAACAUCCGCGGUGGUUUCGAAGGCUUCGUCUGGAUUACAGAGUAAAGUUGGUCUUCUUGGUCAGGCAUCAGCUGGUGCAGCAUCAUUCUUAUCUUCUGCUUCGGGAAAAUCUGGUCACACUGAACAAGGAUAUUCGUAUGAACCGCAAGGUGAAAAAGUUGACUACUGGGGUUUGAAGAAAUCCAUCUUUUACACUUUAUUCCAAGCUGUAAAAGCCAUAACUGGUGGAGUAACUAUCCUGAAGGGUCAACUUAUCAAAGGUGGUGGCGCGUUGGCAUCGACCCUAGGAAAAGUGAUAUCGUCCAAGGGAGACGUUGUCAGCAACUUUGGCAAGAAGAUCGUUAGCUCCGCUGUUUUAAGUGAAAAAAAGCCAGGAUCGACAGCUGUGUAUGGACCUCCUCCCACUACUCAUCUGGAGUACGGACCCCCAAGCGCUUACGGUGGGACUGCGCCUGCGCAUUACGCGCACACGGCGCCAGCCGCGCCUACAGGAUUUGCUGCACACAAGUAUCCUGCGCAUUUAGAUGAAUCACCUCUUUACGGUUCGGUGCUAGACACUGAAAAUUUACAGUACCAUCAUUUGUAAGAUCCAGCCUAGACAGGUAUUUGUUUACUUCGACGUCAAGAUCAACUUACAACAUGCAUGCAUAUGUAACAUAUUCCUUUUUUCUUGAGAAUUUGGUCAAAGCUUUUCUG